AAAAAUGUGCAAAUGAUUCAAGUUAUUUUACGUAUUAACUUGAAAUGUUUUUAGAUGUUUAAUUUUAUGUGAAAUUUUUUUGAAAUAAUCAAACCCGUAUGAUUUAAAAUUUAAGGUGAUGAGUGAGUGUGAUGCAAUUGAGUUCGUUAAGAUGAUAAAUAAUGAUAAAAAGAAGUCACAGACCUUAUUAAAAAAACGUGUCAAUCAAUGGUCACAUGAAAUGAAAAAAACAUUUACAAACAGUCCGGAUGAAAUGGUUCCCCAUUUCUACGGAGACCGAUUUAUUCCAAGAAGAUAUGCCCUCAAACACAAAGACACCAAUGAAACAUUUCUCUUUAUGGGCGAAAAGGAGGAUUUCUUAAACUCGAAACUUUCUUCGAAUUACUUGCGAUACAAAGGACUCAAAGUGGCCAUCAACAAUUCUUUCGGAGUCAAACAAAGACGAAUGCUUGAAUUUGCUGAUUUAUCGGCAAAAAGUUCCUUUCUUUCAGAUCACAAUGUCCUUCCCUCAGUGCCAAAUUAUGAAUUCAUUUAUGGCAAUUUGAAUGGAUUCGAUUGGCCAUGUGCACCACGAAAAAAGUUCUUAGCUUGUGCAGACACAACUCAUGAUUUACCUAAUUUCGAUAUGUUCACUGGUGUUUCACCAUCAGAUACAAAUCUUAUCGACUGGUCUGUGGAUGGUCAAAUUGCUGCUUCAUUUGGAGAGGAGCUGGUUCUCUGGUCUCCAUCUUUAGACCUGACACUGAUUUAUAAAAUGUCAGAUUCUAGUUCAAUAGCUUAUUGCCCAAGGGGUAAAUAUUUGGCUAUCGCUAGUAAGAAAUUCGAAUAUCCGGUAAUUGAGCUCUGGGAUGUGAAAAACAAAACAGAAUUGGUAAUUUCCAAUGGUUAUUACUUUUGUAAGCGACAAAAUUGUAUGGCCCUGUGCAUAGAAUGGGCCCAAAAUGGUAAAGUUGUUGUGUGUGGUACAAAUUUAGGCUGGGUUUAUGUUUUCAAUGUUCCCGACUUGGAUGCCAUCAGGGUUUUCAAGAACCAUCAGCAAUCGGUGUAUAUGAUUAAGUUUUCUCCCAAUAUGCGCUAUAUAGCCACUUCGGAUAUCGAAGGAAACACUUAUAUUUAUAAUUGGCCAUCUUGUGAUAUACACGUGGUGCUGAGGUCGAAACGGAAGCUGAGAGUUGUGAUAGACUGGCAUCCGUGGAAUGGAACAGAUUUAGCGAUUUCUGAAGAUUCUCCUGCUUCAAUUGUGAUACUGCAUGUGCCCUCCAGGGAAAUAGUGGCGUAUUACCAACGCAAGGAUAGAAGGGUUGAAAUUGACUUUAUCACUUUUAAUAAACUGACAGCUGAGCUACUUGUCAGUUUUUCAAAAAAAGAUGAUGAUGGCUGCGUUACUUCUGAAAUUCUAGUUAUGUCUUCGUUGGAUCGUGUUGUCGAUGUUUUACGUGUUACAGAUAGUUCUGUUCGUUUUAUGAUGUGGAGUCCAACUGGAAUGCAACUCGCAACAGCUGGAAAUGAUGAGACUCUAACAAUAUGGAAUUUUUUACCAAAUCGUAAUGAAAAUAGUUUAGGUCGACCAGUUGUUGAGAAAAUGCGCAAAAUAUUUCCUGCAGUGAGAAAGUCUAAAUGUGCUUUUGAUUUAAGUUAUGGAAGUGAAUUUAAAAAAUGGGCUCAAAUGAAAUGAAUGUUAAAAGUGUUAUAUAGCUUGUUAAAUAUUA